AUGAUGAUCUUGGACAAAGGCGAGCGCGCAAUCGGAGAAAGUCUUUGGUCCUUUUUACGCCUACUACGCUCGGUUAUCACUGAUCCAAGCUUGCUCUGGAUUGACGCGAUCUGCAUCGAUCAGGCAAAUAUCCGUGAGCGUAAACAUCAAGUCGGACUCAUGCGGCAAAUCUACACAAGCGCCGCCAAGGUCUAUGUGUGGCUCGGACAAGAGGACGAGAAUAGCAACAUCGCGAUGCGGUUCGUGGCAGCGCAGGCUUCCAAGCCUCUCCGUCCAAGGGGUUCAGGGUACCAUUCCCUGUGGUCUAGACAGGAAGGCAAAGCACUUCACGCCCUGUGCGAUCGACGUUACUGGAGGCGUAUGUGGAUUAUACAAGAACUCCUCCAUGCUAACGAUAUCACCGUUUGGUGCGGCUCACUCAGCUUUUCGUGGGACGACUUAGAGAAACUCUAUCUCAAACUCAAGACUAUUGAAGAAUCUAAUUGGCUUGCGCACCACGAGUACCACUUGAUGGUCAUGCAGAGCUCCGCAGCCGUCAUGGUAUGGCAGCGAGCUCACUGGAGACACCCCGAUACCCCUGUUCCGAGCCUCCAGACCCUGGUCGAAAUCUUCCGGGACUGGCAAUGCACAGACCUCAGGGACAAGGUCUUUGCAUUAUCUGGUAUGGCAACGGAAGAAUCGACUCUGGAACGCGACUAUGCACUCACGACACGAGAGGUGUACUUUGCCGUUUUGCGGCACAUCGAGGGACCGCAGGAGCAGUUUCGCGCAUUACUUUCGCAAAUAUUCGGUCUCGCCGGUCUCGAAGUUGACUUGCCUGGACAAAACAUGGUUGAGUACAGCACACCGAGCGCCCAAAAGCUAGUGUUGAAAGCGAGGCAGAACGAUUGGACUGACGGUGUUGUGUAA